AUGACUUCUCAAGAGAAGAUAGAAGAGUAUCCUUUUGUGGAUAUAUUUAAUGAAGAUGAAGCUGAAAAACACUUUAUGUUGUCUAAACCUGUUUGCUUUGUUGUAUUUGGGAAACCAGGCACUGGGAAGACAACGUUAGCUCGUCACAUAGCACAAGAAUGGAAAUGUAUUUCUGUAGAAGCUUUAACAAUUUUAGAAGAACAGAUUGCCAGUGAAACCGAAGUAGGAGUUAUGAUUCAAUCAAUGCUGGUCAGUGGUCAAAGCAUUCCAGAUGAACUUGUCACAAAGCUAAUGUUGGAGAAGCUCAACUCCCCACAAGUCUCUCACUUUGGUUAUAUUAUCACUGAAAUACCAUCACUUUCACAGGAGACUAUGACUACUUCACAGCAAAUAGACAUAAUUAAAAAUUUAGGUUUGAAACCUGAUAUUAUAAUCAAUAUUAAGUGCCCUGACUAUGAUUUAUGCCAAAAAGUUUCUGGGCAAAGGCAGCACAGUAUUACAGGGUACAUAUAUUCAAGAGAUCAGUGGGAUCCAGAAAUCAUAACAAAUCGAAGGAAAAAAAAGAAAGAAACUCAAAAAGAAGUAAGAAUAGAAGAGGAAGGGGAAGAGGAAGAAGAACAAGAAGAAGAGGAGAUAUUUAUUGCUGAAAUGCAGAUGAUGGCUGAAAUUCUUCAACAUUUAGUUCAAAGGCCUGAGGAUUUUUUGGAAAAUAUUGAGCACACUGUUAAACUUUAUAAGGAGAUGAUUCUUCAAGCUUUAGAAGAAGUAAUGGCUGAACACAACCCCCGUUAUUUCAUUGAGCUAGAUGGAAAUAAGCCCCCAGAGGAGCUCUUAAUGGUAAUUAUAGAUCGACUUAAAUUUCUGAACCUAAGAAAAGCAGCUGUUAUAACUAAACUUCAGAGUGCUGAGGAAGAAAUGAAUGAUGCAUUGGACAAUGAUGAACUGUUUCGUACCCUUGCAUCUUAUAAACUUAUUGCACCAAGAUACAGAUGGCAGAGAAGCAGAUGGGGACGAACAUGUCCUGUGUCUUUAAAGGAAGGUAACAUUUAUCCAGGAGUGGCGGACUUUUCCGUCAGUUUUCUAGGUAAAAUAUACUGUCUGUCCUCGGAAGAAACACUAAAAUCAUUUCUGUUGAAUCCACGUCCCUAUCUUCUUCCGCCUAUGCCAGCACCACCAUUUAAACUAUUCAUAUUCGGACCUCCGUCUUCAGGGAAAACCACACUUUGCAGUUUGCUUGCAGAACAUUACAAAGGAAAGGUAAUUGACUAUGCCAAACUUGUUCAACCACGUUUUGAUAAAGCCCUUGAAACGUUAAUACAAAAUACUAUAUCUGCGGCCACUGAAGCAGCUAUUAAGGCUGUGAAAGAACGGCAUCUCAUAGAAGUAGAAGCUAAAAGACAAGCUUUAAGCGAACUUAAAAUGAAGGAAUAUGGAAAGCUCUCAUCUGAUAAAAGCUUAGAAGAGGUGCCCUCUUCAUUUGAGGAAGAUGCCUUUACCCAUGAAUCCCAGAUUGAAAGCUCGUUAGAGGACAAUGAAGAAGCCAAAAUGAAGUCAGAUCACAGUGAUCAAGCUGCUACAACUGAAGACUCCAUAGAAGAGAUAACUGCAAAUCAUCCAGACGUUCUUUCUAUAAUAAAGGAGACUGUGAAAAUGACAAAGGAUAUGAACUUUGAACAGCCAUAUGAAAAACAUGCUGAAAUCUUAGAGGACAUCCUGGAAGAGGUCACUGAAGAAAACAAGAACAGGUUUUCUGGGGCCCCAAAAUAUGGAGGAUGGGUACUGGACAACUGCCCUAUUACUAAAGAACUGUGGACAGUCUUAGUUGAGAAAGGACUUACACCAGAUUUAGUAAUCUGUUUGUCAGAUACAGAAAACAAUGGAAAAUAUUUACUCAAUAGGCUGUAUUUAGAGAAUAAAUCUGAAAUUGACUCUAAGAUAUUAGAAAGAUUAUUAGAUGAUCUACAAAAGAAAAAGACAGAGGAAGAAGCAGCAAGAAAAGCCAAAGAAGAGGCAUUGAGAAUAGAAGAAGAACAUCAAAGGCUAUUGGAAGCUAUGGAUGAGAAAUUGAAAGAAGUGGAAGAAGCUGAGCUUGAGGCUUUUGAGGAGAUUGAAGGUGAGGAGACUGAUAUUCCUGAAGGGCCUGAGGCCCUUGAAGUAACCGAGGAGACCAGCGAGUUCUUACCUGAGGAGCCUGAAGUGUCCGAGGUUCCUGAAACAGAACCUGAAUCAGCAUAUGAUCCUACUGAGGAAACUACAGUUGGGACAGAAAUUCCAAAAGAAUCCAAAGAGGGCCUGGAAACUAAAUUAUAUGAAACAGUUGUGCUACCUGAAUUUCCUGAAGACAGUUACCCUGAUGUUCCUGAAAUGGAACCACUUAAAGAGAAGAUUAAAUCUUUCAUCUCCAACUGGAAACCCACAGAAACAGUAAUCGCUGACUCUUUCGUCCCAAUUUUCAAGUUGGAGAUUGUUGGCAAAACUCCAGAGGAACUACUUCAAAAAGCAGUUGAGAUUAUGGAAAAACCUUUCCAAUAUGCUGCAUGGGAGUUAAACGUUGAAGAUUUUGAGGAAGAAACAGACGACUUUCAGGCUGAAGCGGAGGGUUAUGAGGAGCUAGACGAGGAAGAGGAGGAAGAGGAAGAGAAUGAAGAUAGAAUAAAAGAGAAGAAACGGCAUUUGGGAGACACAAAGCACUUUUGUCCAGUAGUUCUCAAAGAAAACUUCGUCCUACAACCAGGCAACACAGAAGAAACAGCUAAAUAUCAAGAUAAGAUCUACUACUUUUCAAGUCCUGAGGCUAAGGAAAAAUUUUUGGAGCAUCCCCAGGAGUAUGUGGCUCAUGAAGAACCAUUAAAGGCUCCUCCAUUAAGAAUAUGCCUUCUGGGCCCCCAUGGCUCUGGCAAAACUGUCUGUGGAAGACAAUUAGCAGAAAACUUGGGCAUCUUUCACAUUCAGUUUGAAGAAUUUCUACAAGAAAAACUAAUGCUCAAAACUGAAAAGAAAAUUGGACCUGAAUUUGAAGAAGAUGCUGAGGAAGAACAACUAGUAAGACAAGAAAUUGAAGACCUUGCAAUUCAGGCCAAUGUCACAAUUGAGGAAGAAAAUACAAAGAAGCUGGUACCUCUAGAAAUACAAUUUACAGAAGAAGAAGAAGCAAUGAGACUAAGUCUAAUGGAAAAUGAACCACUGCCUCCUGAGAUUCUUUACACCAUUCUUUCUGAGUGGUGGUUUAAGGAACCAAUACGUUCCACAGGUUUUAUAUUAGAUGGUUUCCCACGCUAUCUUGAUGAAGCCCAGUUUCUGGGGGAACAUGGAUUUUUCCCGGAUGCUGCUGUUUUAAUACAAGUUGAUGAUCAAGAGGUUUCUGAUCGCCUCCUGCCGCCCCAAAUUGAAAAGUGGAAACUGAAACAAAAGAAGAAAUUAGAAAGGAAAAAACUCAUCAAAGAAAUGAAGACAAAAAUCAAGGAUGAUAUGAUUGCUAAAAGAAGGGCUGAACUUGUAGCAGAGAAAGAGAAAAGAAAGAAAGAGGAGAUUGGUAAAGAAGAUGAAGACAGUGAAGAAGAGCCCGAAGAAGAAGAAGAUGAUAUUGACAACAUCCUCGAAGAUGAAUUUCCAAAAGAGGAGGAAGUGAUGAGUGAGGAAGAAGAACAGGAAACGGAUGCCAUUGAACGCCUGAGAGGUGAACUGGGAGAAAAAUUUGAAACAGAUAUUCAUAAUUUACAAACAAUACAGGAGGAAUUUGAGAAGUUUUUGAUACCAGUAAUUCCCAUUAAUGGAGCUCGGAAAAUCCACAUUGUACAGUAUGUGUUAAAUACAAGACUGAAACCACUGGUAGAGAAUCGUGCAAGCAUUUUUGAGAAAUGUUAUCCAAUAUCAUCACACCUUGCCCAGAAAAUGCUCAACUUUACCUAUAAAUAUAUUAGCACAUUUGGCUACUGGGACCCUGUAAAGCUCAGUGAAGGAAAGACAGUCAGGCCAAUUAUAAAUUCAGAGAAUCCAGUUUAUCCUGUAAUCCAUCGUCAGUAUAUUUACUUUUUAUCUACUAAGGAAACUAAAGAAAAAUUUAUGAAGAACCCAAUCAAAUAUAUUCGCCAACCCAAACCUAAGCCUAAUAUGCCCAUUAAGAUCACCAUCGUGGGGCCUCCAAAAUCAGGGAAAACUACAGUUGCCAAAAAAAUUUCAAGUGAAUAUGGCUUAAAACGUUUGUCAGUAGGAGAAGCUUUGCGUUAUAUAUUAAACAACCAACCAGACACAGAGUUGGCACUUAUGUUAAAUUGGCAUCUUCAUAAAGGAAUGACAGUACCUGACAAACUGGCUAUUCAAGCCUUAGAAGUAUGUCUGAUGGAAAGUGCAUGUAAUACUGCAGGUGUUGUCAUUGAUGGAUAUCCUGUAACUAAAUAUCAAAUGAAUAUCUUAGAAGACAGGUCAAUCAUCCCCCUGGUCAUCUUUGAGUUGGAUGUGCCUUCCAAGGAGAUUUUCAAAAGAUUGCUCCUAGAAAAAAAAACGCAACAAAGUUUGCCUUAUCCAUUACACAAUAGCACACAGAUUAUGGCUGUCAAGAACUCAAAAUAUGCUAAAAAUAUUACUGAGAUUAGGCAAUAUUAUCAAAAACAACAUCAGAACUGGCAUGUGAUUGAUGGAUUUCACAGCAAAUGGUGGGUAUGGAAUGAAGUCAGUAAGAUAAUUGAAAUGACGAAUAGAUGCAUGCAGCUAUACCUGGAAAGAAUAAAAGAAGGGAAAGCUUCCUGCAUUGACAAGCUAUGCAUCACACCUCAAGAACUGAUUUCUCGCCUGGACGAGUUCGGACAGUUCUGCCCUGUCAGCCUGGCAGAAUCAUAUGAAUUAGUUGAUUGCUCUGUAACUGAGUCCUUGAAAUUUGCAGCAGAGUUCAGAGGGCAUUAUUAUAAAAUGAGUUCUCAGGAAAAACUGAAUAAAUUUUUGGAGAACCCAGAAUUAUAUGUGCCUCCUUUAGCUCCUUAUCCACUCCCACCUGAUGACAUGAUCCCCAAAAGGCUAACCGUGUCAGAGCUGAAGAAACGAUUCCCUAAAUGUGCUGAGCUCCAGGGCUACUGUCCAGUGACCUAUCAGGAUGGAAAUCAAAGAUAUGAAGCCCUAGUACCUGGUAACAUUAACUAUGCCUUAGAAUAUCGUGAUCAUAUAUAUAUUUGUGAGAGUAGUGAAAAACUUCAGAAAUUUUUGAGGUCACCACUGAAAUACUGGAAUCAGAAGCUUCCACAGAAACUUCCCCCGUUAAAGGACCCGAUACAUCUUACCAGUCUUCCUUUGCCUGGAUAUCUGGAGCAGGGUAUCGCAACUUCUCUAAUUAAAGCAAUGAAUGCAGCAGGAUGCCUAAAGCCAAAAUUUCCCUUCUUAAGUAUAAAGAAAUCUGCACUACUCUAUAUAGCAUUUCAUCUCAAAGCCUUUAAUCCCAAAGGUUCUGAAUAUACAAGAAAAAAGUAUAAGAAGAAGAUGGAGCAGUUCCUAGAGAGAUGUGAACUCAUUACAUACCUGAGUGCCACGAUGACCAGAAAAUACAAGGAACCUCAGUUUAGAGCCAUUGACUUCGAUCAUAAAUUACAGACAUUUCUCUCUCUCAGAAAUAUAGACCCAGUUAAUGAAUAGUUUGCUUGGGUAACUGCAACUAGAAUCUGCAGAGUUAUCUGAAAGGCAUAAAGGGAAAUAGAUUGAAAACCUGGCCCUCU